AUGGCUUCCACCACCGCCGCCCUCAAAGAGUCGGUCAAGGAGACGCUGCUCGGCGUUGAAGAUGAGCCGCAGCUCUCGUCCCAGAUGCGUGCCGAGUUCAUGCAACAUGCCAAAACCGAUCCCGAGUCUGGUGACUACUACAUGGGUCAAGAGGAGUUUGUCAAUGCCAUCGCUCCCGAGUCUGAAGACUACCACAAAAUCAAGCGCGCCCAGUAUGCAGUUCUCUUCUCAGUCGCAGACCGCCGCAAGACUGGUCGUGUCACCCUCUCCGACUGGGCUACCUUCAACAACCUCCUAGCAAAGCCCGAUGCCGAGUACGAGAUUGCUUUCCGUCUCUUCUGUGACUCCGAGACUGGUGUUGUCGACUUCAACUCGUUCAAGGAAGCUUACGCUCGCAAUCGCUCUCCCGAUAAUAUCCCCUUCGAUUGGAACUCAACAUGGGCCUCUCUAUAUGUUGGCGACCGCAAGAACAGGCACAGCAUGACCUACCCGCAGUUCGCCCAGAUGUUGCGUGGUCUGCAAGGAGAAAGAAUCAGACAAGCUUUCCACCACUUCGACAAGAAUGGCGACGGCUACAUUAACCCUGAAGAGUUCGAGCGCAUCAUUCGUGAAACUGCUUCCCACAAGCUUUCCGACCACCUUCUCUCCAACCUUCAGACUCUCUGCAACAUCUCACCUGGCAGUCACAUCUCGUACGCCAAUGUGCGCGCUUUCCAGAACAUCAUCCGCGACAUGGACCUUGUCGAAUUGGUCAUUCGCAAUGCUGUAGGAAAGACCGAGGACGGCAAGAUCACUCGUACCGACUUCUUGAACGAGGCCGCUCGCAUCACUCGCUUCUCGUUGUUCACACCUAUGGAGGCUGAUAUUCUCUUCCACUUCGCCAGCCUGGACCAGCCUUCUGGUCGUCUCGGAGUCUCCGACUUCGCACGUGUCCUUGAUGCUUCUUGGGCGUCUCACCAUACCGUCUAUGGCGCCGCAACUGGUGCUGCCUCCGAUACUGCCGCCGCCGUUGUCUCCAAGUCAAAAUCAUUCUUCCACGAUGUCCUCGUGUCCGCACAUCACUUCGCACUUGGUUCUCUUGCUGGUGCUUUUGGUGCUUUCAUGGUCUACCCCAUUGAUUUGGUCAAGACCCGCAUGCAGAACCAGCGUAAGGCUCGUGUAGGUCAGCUUCUUUACAAGAACUCCAUCGACUGCUUCUCCAAGGUCAUCCGCAACGAGGGUGUGAGAGGUCUGUACUCGGGUGUUCUACCUCAGCUUGUUGGUGUAGCUCCUGAGAAGGCUAUCAAGCUGACAGUCAACGACUUGGUCAGAGGAAAGGCAUCAGACCCUAAAACUGGCGAGAUCAAACUGCCUUGGGAGAUCAUUGCUGGUGGUUCCGCUGGUGCUUGUCAGGUCAUCUUCACCAACCCUCUUGAGAUUGUCAAGAUUCGUCUGCAGAUUCAGGGUGAGGUCGCCAAGUCACAAAAGGCCGUCGAGAAGAGAAGUGCCAUGUGGAUCGUCCGCAACCUUGGUCUGGUUGGUCUCUACAAGGGUGCUAGCGCAUGUUUGUUGCGUGAUGUCCCCUUCUCUGCCAUUUACUUCCCCACAUACAACCAUCUCAAGAAGGACUACUUCGGUGAAGGUCCCAACAAAAAGCUUGGUAUCGUGCAACUCUUGACUGCAGGUGCUAUUGCUGGUAUGCCUGCGGCUUACCUGACCACUCCUUGCGAUGUCAUCAAGACUCGUCUGCAAGUAGAAGCCCGCAAGGGAGAAACUCAGUACACAUCGCUCCGUCACUGCGCCAAGACCAUUUGGCAAGAAGAAGGUUUCCGUGCCUUCUUCAAGGGAGGACCCGCUCGUAUCCUUCGUUCUUCGCCUCAGUUUGGUUUCACUCUCGCUGGUUACGAACUUCUCCAGAACCUCCUCCCUCUUCCAGGUGAGGAGCAUGACCUUGGACCUCGUGGCAGCCUCGAGCCUGCAACUGGAUUGCAAGAAGCCAAGGCGCCACUUCCUUACCUGAGGAGCAGAAACGCCCUCAAGAUCAUCCUGGACCUUGAUACCGGAUUUGGUGUCCCCAAGUUGCCUGAGGGCCAGAAGUUCACUGGUAUCCCCGGCUUCCGCUGA